UGAAUUUGCUAUAAAAAUGUGCCCGCCGUGCCAUCGUCUGUAUAUUUCUCUAACUCUGUUGCUCAUCAGCUUAACGUUGAGCAGCGCGCAUCCGCAGCGCAACUUGCAACACAUUGCAGUGCUUGAGAAUGCCGCCUGGGAGCAAAGCUUGCCACAGCACUUUCAAAAUCCUUUCUACAAGACGCCACGCGUGCGUGAUGCUUUAGCCAGAUCCAGCUGGUUUGGGCCAGGCGAACAAGUCGUGCUGGAGCGUCAGGCGGAGAAGAUACCACGCAUGGAAAUCUAUAAUGUGCUGUCUCAUGCUGGUUUAAUACCAAGACGUCAAUACUUUUAA